UAACAGGCGCGGAGGGCAGCGGACGCUUUAGUUCCGAAAAUGGAACCACUUUCGGGUUUUUUUCCAUCGUUCACUUGGAGAGGGAGAAGCGACGGGUGGUGGCCUGGUGUUCAUUGUUUAGGAUGAGUUCCCGAGUGUUCAUCGGUAGACUGAGCCCUCAUGCUACUGAGAGAAACGUGGAAAAAUUUUUCAAGGGGUAUGGACGAAUUAAGGAAAUUGAUUUGAAGAAUGGUUUUGGAUUUGUGGAGUUUGAAGAUUACAGAGAUGCAGAAGAUGCAGUGUAUGAGCUGGAUGGAAAAGAAUUGUGCAAUGAAAGAGUUACAGUUGAACAUGCCCGAGCUCGCCCUAGAGGAGGUCGUGGAGGGGGACGGUUUCAAGGUCGUUUUAGCCAACGUUGGUCCCGUAGUAGUGGAGGGGGAAGAAAUGGACCUCCAGUUCGGACAGAAAACCGAGUGAUUGUUGAAAAUCUGUCUUCAAGAGUUAGCUGGCAGGAUCUGAAAGAUUUUAUGAGACAGGCUGGAGAAGUGACUUUUGCUGAUGCGCACAGACACAAGCUCAAUGAAGGGAUUGUAGAAUUUGCCUCUUAUAGUGACUUAAAGAAUGCUCUUGACAAGCUGUCUGGAACAGAGCUUAAUGGGAGGAGGAUCCGACUCAUUGAGGAACGUAAACAAUACAGGUCUCGGACCAGGUCCCGAUCCCGUAGUCGCAGUUCAUCCAGGUCUCGUAGCCGAACACGUAGCCGAUCUCGUUCCCGAGGCCGCAAGUCCUACAGUAGGUCAAAGAGUAGGAGUCGCAGUAAAACACGUUCUCGUAGUAGAUCCCCUGUGCCUGCUAAAGAGCAGAAGGGCAGGUCUCCUUCACCAGCUAAAUCCCCCUCAGCAGAACGUCCAAGAUCUCGUUCUCGAUCCCGGUCUCGUUCACGAUCAAAAUCGCGAUCCCGAUCCAGAUCGCCUUCUGCUGAGAGUGCUGAAUAAAUGUAUUUGUUAAUUCAUAAUUUGGACUGAUAUCCUAAGUAAAAAUUGGUGUACUAUAAGCCAAGUAGGAAUUGGUAAAUUUCUGUCAAUGGCUCGCAUAUUUCAUUUGUUUACUUAUAGGCACAGUAUGCGUGGUUAUUGAACGUACAGUACGUUUGACUUGAUUACAAUUCACUUUACUUUAGGAAACAAUUUUUAUCUUUGUUUUCGAUAUUUCAUUUGGUAAUCUUUCUGUUCCUUUUACUUUCUGUACGCCAAUACCGAAUGCCAUUUCAUCAAUUUUUUUUCUUAUGCAUAGCUUCAAAUAAACAAACAUCCCACAAAAUGAUUUACAAUGAUUAUGUGAAUAUGUUUCUGUAAUUAUUUUCUGCCCUUGGCCUUGCAUAUCAUCUGAGGUAACUUUCCCAUUGUUGGAUAGGUUUUAGAAAUUCCAUUGCAGCAAAUCUUCUAUGUACCACUGUGUUUAAGAUAGACAGAGAAAGAAAAAUGUUGUGUAAUAUUGCGUGUCCGCCCCUUUUGUAUAUUAAAUACCUACUUUGUGUUGCUGUAAUUUUUGCAUUUGUGCAACGUUAGGAAAAUUAACAUGCUUUGAAUAACUUGACCCUAAUGCUUAUAAAGAUGGAGAAUGAACCCGCCUGGCUCCCAGGUUGUGUUGGAAAAUAUUCGUGGAAUUGUAUUAUUUUAUGUCCUUGGGAAAUAUGGUUUUUAAUGUCAUGCACUAUAGAAUGCAGCAUUUCUAUUUUAUUUACUUCUGCCAGAUUGUUGACAGCUCAUGACAUUAGAUUUGAAGUAAAUUCUUUUUUUUUUAAAUUGCAAUAAGUCCUCGAAUUUGAUCCUAUUGCUGAGUCACUGAUCUUGACUCCAAUUUCUUUACUUCCAGUAAGUUGGUGGUUUAUGCUAUAGUAUAACUCUGGGAUGAAAAUGCUCUUGGUUAGGCAGCUAUGCUUAUUGUGAAUCUAGACAUAGUUUUGAUCUUUCAAUAGAGGUCUUAGGGAGAGGUUUAACCACCAUUGUGUUCAACUAAUGUCUGAGAAACAAUUGAGCUGCCGAGGCCAAUCAUGCUGAUCAUUAGGGAAGUGUACAAAGAAUUGAAAUUUCCUCUGUACUGAGCCGUCGCUGUUCAUUAUAUCCUUAAGGCUUAGUAAAUUUUAUAAUGAAAUAACAUUGAUUUGUUUGUAUCUAUGUAGAUGGAAAAGAAUUAAAAUGAAAAGAUUGCGCAAAA